AUGAACUGCUGCAGGGCGGAUGCAAGUGGAUCAGCGGCGUGGCUGUGGACAAUGGGCUUUUCCUGCCACGGCAUUCCAUGCAACUCGCCAUCCAUCCUCAUCGUCGAUACAGCCGCAAGUGGGGUGGACACAACCAUGCUGUCCGUUCCAGAAGUGCGACGCGUUCCGCCCGCACAAACAGGAAAUACCUCGUCACCUUCAGACGCACUAUCAAGUCUGCUCAUUCUGAUGCCAUGCGCAACCGCCUCCCCAAGCUGCACAACGGUAGGGACAUUGUGCUGGUGUGCGCGUGCCGGUGGUUUGGCAAAGAGCGCAUGGGUCAGGAAGAGUUCAACAAGUACACGUACACGGAGCUGGCGCUGGAGACCAAGUUUGGGCUCAUCAUCAUGGCUGCGGGUGCCAUCCCCGUCAUUGUCGUCGAUCACUACGUGCUGCCCUACCAGGACCUGCUGGACUGGGAGACGUUCAGCAUUCGCAUUCCCCGAUCACAGGCUUCUCGGGCUUCCGAGGAUCCUGCAGUCGAUCCCUGAUGAGGUGGUGGAGAUGAUGCAGAGACGCGUUGUGUUUGUGUUUGAGGAGUUCUUCAAGUCCAUCUCCACCCAAGUGCACACAGCACUGGAGUCUGCCAGGAUCAACCUGUUCAGCGGCGACAACGCGUGGCAGGUCAGCUGUCACCCCACCUCCCCCUCCACCAAGCACCACUGCUCUGGUGGGAUGAACACACGGGCGCUGCCAUGUGAUGACCAUCCAGCCACCCUUGUGCGGCUGCGGAAGCAGCAACACCAACACACACCACAAACAAACAAGCGAGCGAUGAGCAAUUGUAGCUGCACACAUAUCCAUGCUCCCUCUUCCCUUCCACUCACUCGCCAUGCUGGUGCUCGCACACAAACACACUUACAGGCGAUGCACACUCGCAAGCAGCAGGAUGAGGGAAAUGUCAAGGAUACUUGCCACGGGUGCCAGCUGCACUCGCCUCACACAUGUGGGCUCGCAUGCCGGCUGCUGCUGCUGCAACUCCCCUCGAUUCGGCUGCCACUGCUGUGUUCAUGCAGUGUUCCCAUAUGCGUGAGCAAGCAGCAGCUGUGGACACACACGUCCAUGGUCAUGGUGGGCACAUCCAACCACAGCGACGCAAUCAUGUGCAGCUCGGCCGUCACCGUCAUCGCCAUCGCCAUUGACUGCACAGCCGCCAUCACACUCCAGCCGACACCAGCCCCAAUCUGGCGUGAGGCAGAUAUUGCACAUGUCAGUCGCUCUGACGAAGAGGUGAGCAAUGUGCGUGUCGUUGAGGAGGCGCAUGAAGCGGUGGAACCAACGACGAUGAAGAUGACGAGUGAUGAAGGGCCAUGCAUCCGUCUCCAUCUAUCCAACCGACCAACCAAGCAGCCGAGCGAGCGAGCAAAGGACACGGCAUGGCAAGGGGCCGUUUGUUUUCACCGUUUCCACCAGCAGCAACAACAGCAGCAACAGCCGAUGUCUGGCUGCAUUGUGGAUGAACUGGCCCUCUGUAUCUCGUCCACCUCCCCCUCGUCCUCGUCGUCAUUGGUCGCCAACAGCAGCGGCUGCGGCCAUGGAUGGUGUGAUGUACGUCGGUGUGCCGUUGCCUCGCAUGACGACGACGCUGGUGGUG